GAGUCAAAGCUCGUGACCUCUCACGUGCAUGUCAACGUAACAGAAAAGGGACAACUCUCACACGCUUGAGACUUCUGUACUUAACCUUUAUCUCUAUAUAAUCUGGUUUGGACCUUGCAAAAAACAAGCACUACUCCACCAUGCCUUUUCAACUCUCUUCCUACUCUAGCUCCGUCCACCAAGAAAGAAAUAUGCAUAAGGGAUUGGUUAUGUAUCCGAUGAUGGGUACACUCCAAUUACGGGUGAGUGGAUUCCAUGCUCUGCUUGUCAAGUGAGCAGUUUUUUGCGGAUUAACCUUUGUUUCGUUGUCUGUUCGACCUUGAACGUAUCGUUUUUAGAGAUGCUAAAUAUGAUAUACAAAACCCUAGUCUCAAUUGCAUUAGGAUUAAUUAAAUGAACUGAAAUCACUUUUGCAUCUAUCUUUAGAGCUAAUCCCAUACUUUUGCUUUGCCCUCUUCCGUUUCUUUCCAAAACCAUCUACUUCUUCAAUAUUUUAAUAAAAAAGAAUCAGAAUCGCGAGACUUUGAAUUAAUAAUAUACUCCAUUGAUUCCACAAGAAAAGACACAUAUGCAUGCAUAUGCCAUAUGGGUAUACAUUAAUUUCCAGUGUAAAUUGGCAUGGUAGGUAUAUAUAAAUUAACGUUGGAAACAUUACGGAAAAAUUUGUGGUUUCCAUUAGGGAAGUAAAUAGUUCAUUUCUGACUUUUGGGUGCAUUGGAAGUCGUGAGAAAAGGAAAUAAGACUAGGUAAUAUGAUCCAUUUAUAUUUAUGUUGUUUGGGUGUACAAUGGACCAUGAGGUAGCAUCUGGAAUUGUCUAUGGAGUUGCAUUUUCAGGAUCUAGAGCUAGCUAUACAUAAUAACAGACCCAAGAUAGCCAAUAACAUCCAAAAAAUAUAGUUGUUGGGUAAACUUAUAAAUUUACUUUUAAUUG